AUGGAUAGCCAGCUUAAAGCUGAAAUUGAGUUGAUAUUGCAAAUGAAGGACGAAGAACUACAAAAGAAUGUUGCAUCUAAAAUUGCAGUUUAUUUGCUCACUCUUCCUCUUCCGUCCGAAGAGUACAAAGACCUUCUACAAUGUUUUACAGACAGAAUAUUUAAAAUUUUGCCAGCUUCAAGCAUUCCGCGGCUGUUGAAGGAGAAGUUAGGACUGAACAAAAGCUGGCAAAGGAGAAUACUGUUUGCAGAUACGCAUGUGCAUAUUCUACCUAAAGUACAUCCACUGAGUCUUGAAGGCAGGGAGCAGCAGUUGAGAGAGGCCGGAACAUUGAGUAUAACAAACACUGAUGUACAACGUAAAUUCAUUCCCAAGCAGGCAUUCUCACAAGGACUGCCAGGUGCUACAAAAAGUAUUGAUCUGCUUCCAUCAACCCUUUCAAACAGGUUUUGUCCUGAAGUUAAUGAGAAAAUUCCAUUUAGGUUCUCCAAGCCAAAAAUAACCAUUCAGCAAAUUCUUGAUAAUCCCUUGGUAUUGAAAGAAUUUGAAUGA